AUGGAUUUUAGAGAUGAUUAAUAAAACAACUCAUUAUAUUUAGAUAAGGAUCUCCUUUAAACAUCAUUUUUGUCGAUUUUAAAACACCUUAACUUAUAUAAUUUAAUUUUCAUCACGGAAGUGGAAUGUAUUUUCCCUUGUAUUUAAACAAAAACGAAAAAAUUUUAAAGUUUUCUCCCAAAAGAGGAAAAAAUAUGUAUAUAACAGAAAAAGAUAAUAAAAUAAUGUAUCAAAAGGAGAAUUUUGAAGAUCUAAUAAAUGACUUAGUCACACUCAAAGAAAAAAAUAUUUUCAUUUGAUAAUUACAAUUCAGCAAUAAAGGAUAAUUUAGAUGAUUCUAGAUAUUAUUCUUUUCAGCAAAAAAUAUCUCAAGAAAUAGAGUUAAGCAAUAAACAAACUAAUAAAGUAAGGUUUCGUUAAAUUAAGUUAAUUGAAGAUGCUUUAGAAUUUAAUGUUUUAAGAAUAUAAAAAAAUUUAGAAGAUUCUAGGUAUUAUUUUAAUUAAGGUAAAAUGAAAAAUGGGUGAUAUUUUAGCUGUUAUAUUAGAUAAAAUGAACAGAUUUGAAGAAGCUUUGGAAAAUUAUGAUUCAGCAAUAUAAAAAAAUCCGGAAGAUUCUGACCAUUACAAUGGCAAAGGUAUAAUUCAAAAUAGAGGAUAUUGUAGCUAGUACAUUAGAUGAAAUGAACAGAUUUGAAGAAGCUUUGGAAAAUUAUGAUUCAGCAAUAUAAAAAAAUCCAGAAGAUUCUAGGUUUUAUUUAAAUAAAGGUAUAAUUCAAAAUAGAGGAUAUUGUAGCUA